GAUUGCAUAGAGGCCUUCGGCCGAACAGCCCUAGUGUACUGCUGGGUCACAAAAAACAGCCCAAUGAGGCAAAACAAGGGACAAGCAGAGUCCGUGUAAUUUACCUCUUAAAAAAACAAACCGUGCUCUUCAAUGGCGUCUUCGACGGUGCUGUCUAGGUUAUCAUCUCGUCUAAAACCUCUGGCUCUCAAACUCAAUAAAAAUGCGUCUAAAUCAGCCAAUACAUCAUCACUCAUCAAAUCGACCUCUCAGUCUCGGCCCUCCAUUUCCGGUAGACGCAUAUAUAGAUUACCGGUGGAGUUGAGCAGCUUGGAAUCAAUGAUGCCAUCGCACAGUGCUAUAGCUUCGGCUCGCUUGAGGUCGAGCUUGUCCACAGAUUCUCAAUGCUGGGGAUUAAUUCCUCAAGGCAUCUCACUACCUUUAUGACAGUCUAUAUGCAGAAAGUUGUGAGGCGGAUUUUCUUUGAGUAGGAACGUAGGUCUCCUGUUGCCUUUUUGUAUUGUUUUUACUGCAAAGAUAAAGGAAUUGAAUGGUUUCCUUUGUAUCGUGAAGGAACAUCUGCCUGUAUUGGUGUUGACUAGCAAUAUGCCACCCUUCAUAAUUUUACUGAUCUAGUUUCUUUGAGAGGCUUGAUAAAUUGUUGUUUUGUUAAUAAGGAAGUUUGAUGAAUUAUCUUUUAGAAGAGGUUCCAAAGUAAUUUGUAACCUGAGUAACACCACAGCUCUAAGAAUACACUUAAUUUGUAACCUGUUUUGUAUGAAAAUCGCAUCGAUUUUAUGUUUCUUUCAA